AUGUCAAAAGGCAUUAGUGUUGGAUCUGGAACUAAUAUACAAGACAAUUCGCUUGUUCAUGUGGCAAAGUCUAAUCUAAGUGGGAAAUCAUCAGGGACAAUGAAACGGAUGGGGAGUGUGGGGAGCGAAUCUAGCAAUGUUCCUGAGGAAGCUAACCGAUUAAGAGGCAGCAUUUAUUUCUCAGCGCAUGCAGCCGACAAUGCAAAGCCCUUUUACGAGAAUGAAUUUGAGAAAGUCCUCCGCAAUAAGUUUGCUCGUAGGGAUGAAGAGUAUGAUUCAAAUUCAAUGCUGGGCGUCGCACGAGAAACUCCCCCGGAACUAGUUCUACCAGACAAUGUCCUAUCUUACAAGGAACAUAAGUCUUCUCUAAUGUGA